AGUGUGAUUGCUAUGGAGACUGGUAAACUGUACUGAGCAGGAUGAGCAAAACCAUCUAUAUCGGAUCAGUAAACAUUUAAUGUUUCGUUAUGAUAGCUAACAUGACUGUUUCCGGUUGACAUAGGAGCUGAAUCUCAAACGUCUGAACUUGACUGAAAGAUGCCCCAUGCUCCCAGAACAAAAAUGCAGACCAAACUGAGUGCCUGGACACCUCUAAAUCAUCAGCUCUCCAAUGCUCAUGUUUUUGAAGAGAGAAGAAAUUUGCUUGGAAAGUGGUUUGAGAAGUGGACAGAUAGCCAGCGGAAACAGGUGCUGCAAGAUUUUUUCUCCAGAUGCUCUGCUAGUCAGCUGAAACAUCUCAGACAGACUCUGAGCAGCUGGGUACCAGAGGAAGCCCUCGACUUCACUAGGGUCCUUCCCAGGGUCAUAUCACUCUAUAUAUUUUCAUUCCUUGACCCCCGAAGCCUCUGUAGAUGUGCUCAGGUAAGCUGGCAUUGGAAAAACCUGGUUGAGCUUGAUCAGCUGUGGAUGCCUAAAUGUCUGAAACUAGGCUGGUGCAUAACCUUUACUCCAACACCAUUUGAACAAGGUGUAUGGAAGAGGCAUUACAUAGAGACAGUGCAGGAGCUUCACAUUAGCAGGCCCAAGGCACCUGUGAAGGAAGAGUUUAUUAUCCCUGAGGUGAAAGUAAUUGGCAGUGAGAUAGAGGGGUCACUUCCUGUGAUCGGUCACAGGGAGUUGAAUUCUGUCUUCCCAAGUCUUCAUGGGAAGAGUAAAGAUGGGAAUAGCUUGGUGAAAUCAGCCAAAGGUCUUCCGCCUUGGAGAGACUCAGACAGGCAUCCCACUGACACAAUACGCUUUAACUACUUGGAUAACCUUGACCCAGUUGAGCAUGCAAGAAAAGUACUCCUAAAGGAAAAAAGUGCUACAAUAAGACAGGAAAACACUAUGAAAGCACCAUCUCACUCAACAUACAAGCUGCGCAAGGCCAAAUCUUUGAUGUUUUUAUCCUUGGAUCUCAGUGCAGCAGGAAAGCAAAACAAAAACAGGCCGCAAUGGGCAGCACAGAACUUAGAAGCACUUCCGUCUAACAAGGACUCCAUAAAGAGACUUUCCCAGACAUCUCAAUGGAAUGCAGGGAUACGUCCUGGUCCUGUAAGGCCUCCAGUGCCCAGACUGAGUAAGGAGGGGCUCCGUGCAUCACAGAGAUCCCAUAGAAGCACACCAACUGUGUCUCUUUUCGAAGGACAGCCAUGAAGGAGAACAUAUGAAGCUCGACACAUAAGGCCAUCUUCUGGAUGAUGUUGUGAUAGCAACAUAAACGAUUUGAAGUGAUUCAUACAAAGUUAAUUUAU